UGUUCAUCGGCAACCACAGUUUCGUAGCAAACUUUGCGCUUUUCGGUUGUUGGGGUUUCGGUGAGUCGCGCUAUCGUCUACUUAACGAUUUCAAAUUCUCCAGUAAGAAAUUUCGAUUCACUGCAGUGUCUCACCUGCAAAGGAGAAAUUGUGCCUUUGCCAAAAACGUGGAAUUGGUACGCAGUCUUAACGGUUAAUUAAAGCCAAAACGGUUGAGUGCAAAACGGCGUUUUCCAGACGUGCUACGGUUUUAAUGACGUUCUCCACUUGAAAUAUUGGAAUACUCGUGACAAAAAAUUAUUUUACAGAUUAAUUGCAAUAAAGGGAAGCAGAAGAAUACUUUUGAAAAAUUAUCAUGCGAGAACGCAGUCAAUCAAAGCCACGCCGACGUGGUCCAAAAUUACCUCUACCAGCACGUGAUAUUUAUGAUGAACAUUUUGAAGCUAUGGAGUCACCUUACUAUAUGAUUGACAAUACUGAAGAUAUUUAUGGCACUACAUUAUCACCGACACAGCGCUGCUAUGUAGAUCCAUGGGACCUUGAAAACUAUGAUUAUGUACGAAAAAAAGUGAAUACCACUCCUUCGAAUAAUGGUGGCUAUUAUGAUGCACCUAUAUCACCAAGUCCAGCUGGUGAGCCUGUUGAAACAGGAUACUAUUACAAAUCACGUACAGACUUACAGGAUAAUAUAACAUCAACACGGAUGUCGUCGUCUACAAUGCCGAGAAAUCGUCGUCGCUCCCAUUACCAAUGUGAUUUAGACUGUUGCGCGCCCAGCUUACACAGGCGUUACAAUGACCCUUACGGAUUUUAUGAAACUAAUGAUGACAAAUAUGCUGAUUAUAUGCAACAUAUGACAGCCAAUUUACUGGAAGAAGAGGAUUUUGAACAAACUAUUUACAAUGGCUAUGGUGGGAUCUCUUCAUCUUCUUCUACGGAACCGCAUAGUUCAAUAGGUGACGAAUCCGUUUCCACACUUAUGCUGCACACACCGGGCUUUGGUGCCGUCUCACGCAAGCGUGGCCUUGUUUUACCAAAACCAGCACCAAAGUUAGAGUUUCCAGCACCGCCACCUUUGCCACCCACAUAUGAUUACUGCAGUCCAUACGCUACAAUGCCAUAUUGCAUCGCAUCGGAAUGCUAUGAGUGCAUAUCGCAGGCGCAGCGUUCAUCGCUAAUAUACGCCAGUCCAUCUACAUAUGGAAGCACAUCUAUAUAUAAUACCACAUUGGGACGUCGUCCGUCGUCUUCGCUCUAUGGUGGAAUUUAUUCAAGCAAAUUCGGAUUGAGCAAAAAGGGACUAUUACAGAUUGAUUACUCGUGCAGCUGGAACGAUUUAGAUCGCGUGAUCAGUCACAAUUAUUAGUUUAAAACAAACUGAUUAAGCGAAAUAUAUUAUUUUAUUAAACAAUAUAUGUAUUUUAUUCAAGUCAUCAAUUUUGUUUUGUAAAAAAUCUGGUAUUUAAAUAGAAAUAAUUUAAU